UUUGUUCGUGAAAAGAGUUUAAAAUGCAUCUAAAAAUGUAUGUGCAAAACUUGUUUCUUCGUUGGAAUGCAAGAGCAAAAAAUCAGAAAACAAAGCCUGAAUUUCAAGUGAGUCUGAAGUUAGAAGAUUCGUAGGAGAAGAUGCAUAGAUUAAUUUUGAUGGAAUUCGCAGCGUUUUCAUUUUAAUCCGAUGUGCUUAGAUAUACGAUGCGUAACGAAUGGCGGUAUGUCAAGCUUCAAUGAUCAUAACCAUCGAAAACAUAAUUGAACACGCUCUAGUUGAUCAUAACUACCGUUGUUGCGCUUUUCCGAAUUUUCAUAACCUAUUAAGUAACUCGAUUGUAAUACCGUUUUCUUUGCUUCGUUUCCUCGUGCAACUUGUUGCGCGAUUCUUAUCGCUUGAAAUUUCUUGUGUACGUUAUUGCCACCGAAAAUUCAAGGUUUCUCAUUAUACGAAGCGAUAGUUUAUCGGUCGACUCGUAAACACAAUGAAAAGUUGCAUAAUUCGCCGAUUAAUUAAAACAGAAACAUGUUGCACUUUGACGAAACAAUAUUGAUGGCAAAUAUACGUUGUGACCGAUUUAUUUUUAAAAUAAAAGUUUAUUUCAAGGAAACGUGUACGAGGAAACGAAUAAUCGUUCGACAUAAAUUUUAAACUAUUUCGUAAAGAUGUCGUAAAUAUUGUAAAACAAGCAAAUUAUCGCUAUCUACGAUAAGCUAUCCAUAACAGUGAUAUAACUUUGAGCAACCAGAAUUUACAUAAAUGACAAAUAGAAAUACAUCGCGCAUAAACCAAUUGUUUUUUCGUUUCAGUGUUUGCGAAGCCUUUUAAGAUAAAGUUUAUUUUUAGAUAACAGAGGCAAUAACACAAUAGCGAAUCAACACAUUACAUAAUAAGGUCGCGUUUCUUUAAUUCGUAAAGCAAAAAUCUGCCUACUCCAAUCUUACAUCUUAUUCCAUCUUUUAUAUCCUGCACCUCAAAUCUUACAUUAUGUAUCCUUAUCAUGUAUCCUACAACCGAUACUUCAUUUUUCAUACCUAAUAAGGUAAGUACAUUAAAAAAUCGUAUAUUAAACUCCACGAUUUCUAUUCCACUUCCACCGCUAUUCACAUAUUCUAUAUCCUACAUCCAACAUCUAAUAUCCACUAUACCAUAUCCAUUAUCCCAAGCCUCUUGUACAGUUCAUAAUACCAUCCCACAUUCCAUUUUUCAUAUAGCUUAUAUCACAUCCUAUAUCCUAUUAGUAUUACUAACCUAUGUCUUACCAUUCUAUAUCCCGUAUCUCAUAAUCCCAUUCUCAGAUUCUAUAUCUCAUAUACAAUAUACCAAAAAAAUGUCUGUCAUUCUUAGUUUCACAGUACAUAUAUUCAUCCCAUAUCUAACAUUUCAUGUUUUCCAUUUCCUCCCUUGUUCCAUAUCUAGUACUUGCAGUUAAUAUUUUUCACCUUAAUAUCCACAACACGCAUCACCAUUCUACAUUUCAUAAUUCAUAUUUCCAUCAUCAUUUUAUAGCACAUUUCCUGCAUGCCCUGUUCUGCAUCCUAUGUUCUUUUCAAGACAAACUACUAAUUUUCCCGAGCACAUACCCCAUAUAUCUUACACAUUUCCAAGCACAUGUCCCAUAUCUAUAUCUAAAUUUCUUACUCUUUAUUUCAUUUCCUAAUUAUUAAAUUUCCCGCCGCAUAUUUAAUAUAUACAAUCCAAUAAUCCCUAUUUUAUACCAUUGCUCCAUUCCAUACAGAAGGUACAAAUUACCCUAUCCAAAAUUACAAUUCAUUAAAUGCUACAUAUACACCAUCCAAUACCAAUAUACUACAUCCAAUGUGUCAUCCCACACCGCUACACCAUUCCUUAGUGCCGAUAUUCUUUGUUCUGUGUCCCUCACCACGUUACCCCCAACCUAGUUCAUUAAAUACAUCCUUUCAAACUAGACGCACGAGAUACAUCAUAGACUGUUCACAAAAGAAAGUUGUACAAGAAAUCGACUCUUCUCACAAAAGAAAAUCACUAUCCCACAAAAUGAAAUUCGUUGUCCACAAAUUGCCCACAAAUUCCACAAAAAUCGACACUUACCACCAUUGCUAUCCUACAAAACAAAAUUUGUUGUCCACAAAUUACUCACAAAAAGGAAUUCAUUUUCCACAAAUUAAAUUUAUUCGAUUUCUGGUGGACAGAUUUGUGGACGGCGAAUUUCAUUUCGUGGGAUAGCGAUCUUCGUCUACGGAGGUGUCAAUUUUUUGUGGGCCUUGUGGGAAAUUUGUGGGAUGUCACUUUCGUUUUGUGGGAAAUUUGUGGGCAACGAAUUUUGUUUUGUGGGAUAACGGUUUUGAUUUGUUGGAACUGAGAUGUCCUAUAGGUUCAGUUGGUUAUAAUUCACGCUUUGUGGGAAACAUAUUUUUUUCACUUAAAUUGUAUUUUUCAAUUUUUUGGCGGAACUGACGAUGUUAUAGGAAAUAAGAAAUAAGAACAGAGUUUCGGAUAAUUGUAGGGCGAAGGAAAUAAAGUUUGUGCUCUGCAACGUAGAGCAGAAGAUAUGAGAUAUGGUUUAAGAAACAUUGGAUAUAGUAUGUGAGAGACAACAUGUAGAAAAUGUGCGAUGAAAUGAAAGACGUGGGAAUAUUCGGUAUAAGAUAGGGAAUAGAGUUAUAUGCUGUGGAAACUAGGAUAGAAGAUAGAAGGGGAAAUAGGGAAUAUGAAAUAUUUGAUAUGGAAUGGAGAGGUGAAGUUUUGGAAGUAAGAUGAAAGAUACCGGUUAGGAAUACCAGUUAUGAGGUAUAGGAUGUGAGACAAGGAAUAUGAAGGAUAGAAUAUGGAAUAGAAAAGUGAACUAUGGAAUAGGCUUGGGAUAAUGGAUAUAAUGGGAUAAUUUCAGUUACUUUUUUUAAAUUACGUUUUAACGUAUUAUUCUUUUUUUUUCCAAAAGGAUUGAACUCGUAAAUAUUUUUCUUUAAAUGAAACCUGCGUCACGCUUAUAACAACGGGGCUGGAAAAUUUGCACGCCUGGAAAGCCAGAGGCACGGAAAACGAUAUAUGGUUUAAAUGGAUCGCACGGGAUGGUAAAUUGUACUGAACGAGUAUAGAAAAAUACUCUGACCGUGUCUAACAAGCUCUUUUAAUUACGUAGUAAAAUGUCGGUUACGUCUAUACGUAUCUAUAUGUAUGGAUGCUUGAAUGCCUAAUAUGUGCUUAUUCUUAUCCUCUUGCCUUCUGCUGGUUUGCAUCUUGACAGAGCUGCGUCACCUAUCCAAGAACGGUACGCGUUGUUGAACAAAAUCAUUAAUAAUACACGAAUUGUACCGUUAUCCGGUUGACUCUUUGCUCGGAACGCUUAUUCGAGCAGAGGAGACUGAACAGAGAAGAAGAAAAAUACAAGAAGGGAAUAGAAAGGACACGUAACACGAUGCGCUGGAACAUCGCGAGAUCGUGGUUCCCCGAACCUGGAAAUGAUGUCGAUGUCCGGAUGACCUUGGAAACUAACCACGAACCGAGAGUUCUCCUCGCUUUCCCUCUCGUCCGCGCCAGAACGAUCUGCAUUCUGCACUUUCUGUGUUCACGAUCGAAAUCGAUAAAUAAGCUUGCCUCACGCGAAACACUCUGGCUAAUUGUAAGAAACACUUUCCUGGACGAUUUCACCGCGUUACACUCUGAUUCAGAAUGUUUUUCGAUCAUCUUGAUGCUCCAUUGUCUUUCUCUUCGAGGUUCGAAGCUCGAUUUUUCACGGUGAAUCAGAGGAGAAAUUUGUUUAAAGAAAGAAAGAAGUCCGUUUUCAAUUUCGGUGCCGAAUGUGAGAAAUGUGAAUCAAUUGACGGUCGUUCGAUUGACGCGUUGAGUUCGGCGCGUUGGAGGAACGAUGAGUAACAGUCUGUACCGUUAGCCCGAAUCGUUUCUCCAACUGGAGAAUGUCAAUUUCAUGCGGUUUACGGUACUCAAAUUGCGCGUUAGAAUACAACGCUUCGAUUGUUGGUCAGUUCCUUUUCAAUCACGAUCGUCCUUCGGCUAUUUACUUCUGACAGACAUUGAUCUACUGUUCUCUCCGGGUCUGUAUGAUCCGAGAUAGAUGAUUUAUUUCCAUAGAUAUUAUUCGAAUGUAGAUAACUUUUAAAUAUUUGAUCCGAGUAUUUAAUAUAAUUUUUCUACCUUCUGUGUAUUUCGCGCAUUUUCUAAAUAAAGUACUCGAGAAAGGAAUAUAUCUGGAGAGAUACAGACGCGAUGAAGUGAAGGGAGCAAUAGAGUCAAGUCGUGCCUUAAAGGACUAUGUAUCUUGCGAAGCUCGAAGACGAACUAGAUAUAAUUCUGUCAGUAGCCAGAUUGAUCAACUGAAAUUGAUCAAAUUUUCUAGACACUCAAUUUCAUUAAUCAAGUACAUAAGUAACGUAAGUUUUCGUAAAUUUCUUGAUAUACUUAAAACACGACAUAUACAUACAUACAUAGGAGUAGGAGAAACGCUACUUUGGGAGAUUCUAGGAAGAUUUAUGACAUGGCAAUCGAAUAAGGGACAACGUUCAACUGAUCGUUGGUCGGAUAGCAUUCCACGUGCAACGGUAUUCAAGUGUCCACGAGCCGAAACGUUUCCGGUGUAUUACUCACGCUUAAAAUCCUGUCGACGACCUGGAUACAGGCGCGGCAUCCUAAAAUAACUCGACCACGAUCAAGAUCCGGUUGAAGAAACAAAAGACGGACAAAAGAGAAACAAUAAGGAAACAUGCGGUUGCCGAGGACGUGCAUCCUGUUGGUUCUGCUGGCUUCGGCGAAAUGCGAAAAACACGAAGAGGAGGAUACUUCAGCCGUGUUUCUCGAGGCUGCCAAAUCCUUCUUCUCGAAUAAGGACAAUAUUAAUGGUCUACAAGGAUUGGCAAGAGCGUUCUUGCAACCGGAUGGCAGAAAAGAGGUCAGCAACGCGUUCGACGGAAAGUCCAACCUAGACGGUAUCGGUCAAAUCGUAUCUGGCAUAGGAAGUUUAUUCUCCGGGAAUGGAAACAGCCAGGGAAUCGAUUUCUCCAUGAUUGGCUCGGUUCUCGAUGGUGUAAUGAACUCUGAUAAAAGUACCAAAAGAACAGCUAGGAGCGUGGAAACAAAUCAAGAGCAUGGAAUCGAUCUGGAAAACAUCAUGAACAUGGGAAGCAUGUUGAUGGGUCAACGUGGCAAUUCCGAGUUAUUGAUGGGGUUGAUACCGAUGCUGCUGUCGAAUCUUGGCGGCGAGAGCAACGAAGUUGACAGUGCACCUAAUAAUAUACACGAUCACUCUGGACAUUCUUGGUAUAUGCCACCGAUCCUUGAAAAUUUGCACGUAAUGUGGGACCACUUCAGCAACUCGGAACUGGGUCAAACAUUGUGGAAGAAAAGUGGCCUGGCGCAAUUUGUCGGCCAAAUGUCAGACUCCGAGGGACGUAUCCAGUACGAAAAAUUGCUGGAUAGUUUCGAGAACCCAGGCCUGCGUCGCAGAUGGAUACGAUCGCUGACGAAUUAUAUCGGAGAGUGGAUUUCCCAUAUCUCUGAUCCGCAAAUUCAACAGCGCUACUUGAAUACUGUUCAGUUCGUGGGAAAUAGUUUCUUGAAGUCUCAGGGAUUUCCAAAAUCGGCCAUGUUCGAUUCGAUGAGACCGGCAGAAAGUCUUUCUAGAUUAGUGAACGCAGUGGGAAAGAGGUACUUAGGGAUGAAAAUCGAUAGUUCGCAGUAUAUCAAACCAGCUGUGUCGUACAUCAAGGAGUUGAUCGCCCUGGCUUCCGAAAAAGGAUUCAUCAUGUCUCGAGUGAACGCCAGAGGAAUCAGCAACAAGCUCAGUGAUAUGAUCAACAAUGACAUUAUUAAUCCAAUGUUACAGUCUUAUCGAGCGUACAAGUGGGCAAUUAAAAUGCCGCAAUGCGCCAGUCAAAUCUUGUGCACAAUCAAUGAAAGGAACGAACAAGAUACGGAGCAGCCUCGUUUAAGAAGUACCUUAUUGAAAGCGACGAGUUUUCCUGCUGCUUGGGCUGUCAGUUAUAAAUUAGGGACUAAUUUCUGGGCCCUGUAUGGAGCCAUCAUGGAACAUGAUAAGUGUACUCAAAAAUAUCCAGCUGACUGCACAGAUUUCCAUGAAGAGGAGAUACGAAUUAAAACAGAGAACAUUCACAGUGAACUUUAAUAUCUGAUUAAGUGUACCUUGUGAGAGACAUUCGCGAUUUUUAAAGUCAAUUUCACGAAUACACAGCCGUACCGUAUGGCUGUUAUUCCAUGCGUAGUAUAUAAGAUUAUUAAGCGUUAGGGAAUAAAGGAAGAGAAAGCUGAAUCACUGGAAAAGUUCAAAAACGUCUUAGUGUACAUAGAAACACAGCUGAGAAAGGAGUCGUCGAAUAAGUAGAUUUUUAAUGUUACGAAUUUUUUAUUUAUCUCGAAUCUCACGUGACGAAUAUUCACUUUUUUUCAUGUACAUUGUGUGAUUCUUUUACUUCCACGGUGCUAAAUAUUUCUCGGUCAAGUGUCGUGAAAUCAACAGUGGUCAAUUAUAAGAGCACCAGUUUAUAAUUAUUUGUAUGCAUCUUCUUUUUGAUUCGCUAUUAUAUUUAUUUCUUUCUUUAAUGGAAUCUCUAAGAAUUCUAUUUCAUAAGAAGAGCACUUGUGAGAAGGUACGUAUUAUAAUAUAGAUAUAUUCUUUGGGACGUCGUAAUUCUGAGCUUACGAAAGCUCCUUCCAUGAAGGCCGGAAGUUGAAUGACUAGAUCUAUUCGAUCGUGUUCAUGCGUUUGCGUUGUUUGCAACAGCUUCUGUAAAUAUUAGGUAAAAGCCAAAUAAAACGUAUGUUGGAUGUACGAGGUACAUCGUAAAUCGUU